CUUUCUACUCUAUUUUAGCUCAAAUUCUAGGUGUUUUUCAUCUGUCUAGCCCAAUUUAAAACCCAUCACUCCUCCUUUUCCUUCUCCAGCUCCCCUCAGCUGCUCGGUGCGGCAGCUGCUGCUGUCAGUCAGCCUCACUGCUUUAGACGGGGCUUUAGAGAUGCCCAGUGAGAGCUAAAAAUGUGUUGGUGAAGUUGAGGUUCGGUGGGGGGAUUGUUGGACAAGAAGUUGGGAAACACUUUGUUUGUGUGUAACUUAAAACUACAGAAGGUUGCCGUUAACAGCUUGCCAGAGAUCAGGAUCCACAGUGACCCAAUUUCAUCGGACUUCUUUCUGGACCACAAACCGAGAACCGCAGUUGGCCGAUAUAGAUCUCCUGGUUUGGGUUUUCUUGCUCUUGUUGUUGGACUCCUUCAGACGUGGAGGCUCAGCAGUCUGAGGGAAUGGAGGACUCCAAAACCAAAGAAGGUGCUGCUGUGGAUGCAGAGCUGGCCAAAGCCAUAAUGUCUCGGCGCUUCAGCCCGUCUCUCAUCGGCACAGAGGCCUGGGAGGGAUACAUCUUCUCUGACAUGGAGAUCCGCAUCAAAGAGUCCACAGACCUCUAUGGAGCUGUACUAUGGCCUUCAGCAAUUGUGCUGUGUCACUUCUUAGAGACCAACCGAGACAAAUACAACCUGACUGACAAAAAUGUGAUUGAACUGGGAGCUGGAACUGGACUUGUCACCAUCGUAUCCAGCCUGCUAGGGGCUAAGGUGACAUCCACUGACCUCCCAGAUGUGUUGGGGAACCUCCAGUACAAUGUGAUGCGCAACACCAAGGACCGAUGCAAGUACAUCCCUCUGGUCACUGAGCUGAUCUGGGGUCAGGAGGUGCAUCAACGUUUCCCACGUGCCACACAUUGUUUCGACUACAUACUGGCAGCUGACGUGGUGUAUGCACAUCCCUACCUGCAAGAGCUGAUGGACACCUUUGACCACCUGUGCCAGGAAAACACUCAGAUCCUUUGGGCAAUGCGUUUCCGCCUGGACCCAGAGAACAGCUUUGUGGAUCGUUUCAGGCAGCGUUUCCACGUGGAGGAGCUCUAUAACCUCCCCAGUCUGAGUAUCAAACUGUACCGAGCCUGGAGGAAGGACAAGAGGACUAAAGAGGAAAGAGAGGCAGCUGCCUGAACCAUGAAACACACUGAGAACUCUGUAUAUUUGUUGUCUGUGAGUGUCUGUGAAUGGUCAAAUAUGUAAAAGACUCAAGAAUCACCACUGCAGGGUCGUAUUCAGUGAUUUUUUUUUUCUAGCUGGAUGUCAUCCAUCAACAACAUGCUCACUUGAUCUCUUGGCUCUCUUUGUUGUUUUUGGUUCAGUGGCUCACAGCACAAUAAUGUGGUUGAAUGUGGCUCUGGAUUUUUCCAGUGGUUUUCUGAUGACAGGGUAGAUUUUAAAUAAGUCUGUUGCUGUGUGAUAACACGAUCAGGUUUUAUUACAGCUAGAAGUGCCAGUUUCAACAAGGACUGAAGAAACAUUUGUGUCAGUAUCUCAGUGAGUCUUGAAUGGAUCAACUCUAAAGUUACAGUCAGGCUGGUUCUCUUAUGAUGAAUCCUCUGUGGACCAUGACAACGAAGGUGCAGUCUUCAGGCCACACUUCACAGUUUUUGCCCCAUCGAUGGUAAAAGUUUCAAAUAUGCCACAUUUUUACUCUCAUUUAGUAAUUUUUCAUUCAUAUGAAAAUUUUGGUUUUCUGAUAUAUAAUUUAAGUUGCUAUAAUUGAUAUUUGUAUAAUAACAUUGUCACUGUGAUAAGUCUGCACCUACAGAGAAUUAUUACUUAAAUUUGGAGCUUUUUCUAUUAUGAUGAGUUUCGGCUGAUCAUUUGGUUCCUAAACAGCGAUGAUAAGUCAGUAUUGUUUACCUUUUGUCACCAAGUGGCCAAACCAAGUAGUUAUUGCAGAUUUAACAUAAAAGCUUCACAAGACCACUGCUUGAAUAUAGAUUUUCACUUAUACCUGACUCACCAAUAUCAAAAUAUGUUGUUUAAAGUUUUUAAAUAAUAGAUAAAUGUGUGUUUUUUGUUAAAGAUAAUCUCAUUUACUAGAUGGGACAGUAACAUAUCAUAAAAGCACAACAAUAUUAUUGCUAAACUUUUAAAAAUAUAUUUAUUUCAUUCAAUCACUCUUACAAGUUACGAAGAGCCCAAUAAUGACGAGAUGGUCAAGUUUACCAGAGCAUAACAAUAAUAAUCAAACUGCAUGUUUAAAACUAUAAGAACAUGCAAUUAGAAAUCAACAAAUUCCAUAAGCACAUAUCUUCUUUGCAACAUAAAACUUAAGACUUUCUUAAGGAACAUUUCACCAGCAAAACACUCCAAGGAGGUCAAACUAAAGAUCACAUCCGUAUUGGGCACUGAUGCCACACACAAAGCUUUCAUGUUUUGGAAACUCACCAGUUAUUUUGAUUAUCUUGGAAGGAGCGAGUUAGAGUCACUCGCUAUUAAUGUGACCUAUUAAAUCUGAUAUCUAAUUUA